AUGGUAAAAGAUGGUAUAGUUUUAGGUCAUAAGGUGUCCCAAGAUGGUAUAGAAGUUGAUAGAGCUAAGAUAUCUGUUAUCGAGAAACUUCCCCUUCCCUCUAACGUUAAAGGCAUUCGAAGUUUUCUCGGUCAUGCAGGUUUCUACAGACGCUUUAUCAAGGACUUUUCCAAGAUAGCAAAGCCACUACGCAAGCUGUUGGUCAAAGAUGAGGAAUUAAACUUCACAGAUGAAUAUUUGGUUGCAUUUAAUAUUUUAAAAGAUCAAUUGACCACUGCACCUAUAAUCAUUGCACCUGACUUCACACUACCUUUUGAAUUAAUGUGA